AUGCCAGUCAAUGCUCGUACUGAAAUGGUAAUCUAUGCAGACGACAUUAUCCUCUGGGAUCACUCAAUGAAACCGGAGUGUGCGUGUCGUAGGCUUCAGGUUGCUGUGGAUGGACUUGCAAACUGGUGUGGGAGUAGGGGUCUGAGAAUGUGCGCGGACAAGUGCAGUGUCCUUAAAGUCUGUAAAAGGACGAGGGGUUACACUAAUUUUGUUCCUAGGUUAUUGCUGAGCGGGUCAGCAAUCGCUGCAGUUGAUCGGAUGACUUAUUUGGGCGUGCUCUUUAAGCCGUCCGGUAAGUUUGAUGAUCACAUUGCACGUACGAAAAUGCGUGCAAUGCAGCGAUUAGGUGCGUUGCGUGCUUUCCGCUUGAGCAGAGGUGCCUGGUUCCGCGUGUUUAACGCCAUGGUGUUACCCGUCUUGACCUAUGGCGUCCACGCUUGGUACCUCUAUGAGGACAGGGAUAAGCAUGUUGACGUGCUUAAAAAAGUAAGAAGACGAGCCAUAAGGCUAGCCUAUGGCUUAGGAUUCCGGACUGAGCUCUCCGACGCCCAGGAAUCAUCUCUCAAAGGCCUCUCUGAGGUCCUAGAGAAGAUUAUUUCUGGAUGGCAGGUCAUAUUUGAAUCAUUUUAA